AUGACCUGCGGAUCCGGAUUCUGCGGCCGCGCCUUCAGCUGCGCCUCGGCCUGCGGGCCCCGGCCCGGCCGCUGCUGCAUCACGGCCGCCCCCUACCGCGGCGUCUCCUGCUACCGCGGCCUCACCGGGGGCUUCGGCAGCCGCAGCGUCUGCGGGGCCUUCCGCGCCGGCUCCUGCGGCCGCAGCUUCGGCUACCGCUCGGGAGGCGUGUGCGGGCCCAGCCCGCCCUGCAUCACCACCGUGUCGGUCAACGAGAGCCUCCUGACGCCCCUCAACCUGGAGAUCGACCCCAACGCGCAGUGUGUCAAGCACGAGGAGAAGGAGCAGAUCAAGUGCCUCAACAGCAGGUUCGCCGCCUUCAUCGACAAGGUGCGCUUCCUGGAGCAGCAGAACAAGCUGCUGGAGACCAAGUGGCAGUUCUACCAGAACCGCAAGUGCUGCGAGAGCAACCUGGAGCCCCUGUUCGAGGGCUACAUCGAGACCCUGAGGCGGGAGGCCGAGUGCGUGGAGGCCGACAGCGGGAGGCUGGCCUCCGAGCUCAACCACGUCCAGGAGGUGCUGGAGGGCUACAAGAAGAAGUAUGAGGAGGAAGUGUCUCUGAGAGCAACAGCUGAGAAUGAAUUUGUGGCUCUGAAGAAGGAUGUGGACUGCGCCUACCUCCGCAAGUCAGACCUGGAGGCCAACGCCGAGGCCCUGACCGAGGAGAUCGACUUCCUGCGGCGCCUGUAUGAGGAGGAGAUCCGCGUCCUCCACGCCCACAUCUCAGACACCUCAGUCAUCGUCAAGAUGGACAACAGCCGGGACCUGAACAUGGACUGCAUCGUGGCCGAGAUCAAGGCCCAGUACGACGACAUCGCCAGCCGCAGCCGGGCUGAGGCCGAGUCCUGGUACCGCAGCAAGUGUGAGGAGAUGAAGGCCACGGUGAUCCGGCACGGGGAGACCCUGCGCCGCACCAAGGAGGAGAUCAACGAGCUCAACCGCAUGAUCCAGAGGCUGACGGCCGAGGUCGAGAACGCCAAGUGCCAGAACACCAAGCUGGAGGCCGCCGUGACGCAGGCGGAGCAGCAGGGCGAGGCGGCCCUCACCGACGCCCGCUGCAAGCUGGCCGAGCUGGAGGCCGCCCUGCAGAAGGCCAAGCAGGACAUGGCCUGCCUGGUCAAGGAGUACCAGGAGGUGAUGAACUCCAAGCUGGGCCUGGACAUCGAGAUCGCCACCUACAGGCGGCUGCUGGAGGGCGAGGAGCACAGACUAUGUGAAGGCGUCGGGGCCGUGAAUGUCUGUGUCAGCAGCUCCCGAGGUGGGGUGGUCUGCGGCGACCUCUGCGUGUCGGGCUCCCGGCCGGUGACCGGCAGUGUGUGCAGCGCCCCGUGCAGCGGGAACCUGGCGGUGAGCACGGGUAUGUGCGCCCCCUGUGCGCCCUGCGCCCCCUGCGCCCCCUGCAACUCCAUCACGUCUUGCGGCCUGGGCACCGGAGGUGUGGGCUCCUGCGGCAUCAGCUCCUGCGGCGUGGGCUCGUGUGCCAGCAGCUGCCGCAGAUGUUAGACCCCCGAACUCAAGCCUCGGGCCUGGUGUCUCUCCCGCCCAGCGUCCAGGGGGAGCAAGGCCUCAACUACUUCUCUGGCACUUUGAAAGAUCUGUCCCACUCCCGGCCUCUUGUCUGUGUGUGAUCCCUUCCUCCUCAGCUCCGUUGCUGGUGCUAGGAAAGGCUACCCCUAAAAAGAAGUUCCUCUGAUGCCCAUAGGAAGGGGGCUCAGAGGCCAGAGGCUGCCCUGGAGCUGAUGGCGGUACCCCACUCCCCAAUCCUCCCCCUUCCACCUCUGCCGUGCCCAUGUCUGUCUUGAUCUGUGUUUCCAAUAAAUCAAUGUAGCCAACUCUGAGC